AUGCACGUGCGCUCGCUGCGCGCUGCGGCGCCACACAGCUUCGUGGCUCUCUGGGCGCCUCUGUUCUUACUGCGCUCCGCCCUAGCCGACUUCAGCCUGGACAACGAGGUGCACUCGAGCUUCAUCCACCGGCGCCUCCGCAGCCAGGAGCGGCGGGAAAUGCAGCGGGAGAUCCUGUCCAUCUUGGGCUUGCCCCAUCGCCCGCGCCCGCACCUCCAGGGGAAGCAUAACUCGGCGCCCAUGUUCAUGUUGGACCUGUACAACGCCAUGGCGGUGGAGGAGAGUGGGCCCGACGGCCAGGGCUUCUCCUACCCCUACAAGGCCGUCUUCAGUACCCAGGGUCCCCCUUUAGCCAGCCUGCAGGACAGCCACUUCCUCACCGACGCCGACAUGGUCAUGAGCUUCGUCAACCUCGUGGAACACGACAAGGAAUUCUUCCACCCCCGCUACCACCACCGGGAGUUCCGGUUUGAUCUUUCCAAGAUCCCCGAGGGGGAAGCGGUGACUGCAGCUGAGUUCCGCAUCUAUAAGGACUACAUCCGGGAGCGAUUUGACAACGAGACCUUCCAGAUCAGGGUCUACCAGGUGCUCCAGGAGCACUCAGGCAGGGAGUCGGACCUCUUCUUGCUGGACAGCCGUACCCUCUGGGCUUCUGAGGAGGGCUGGCUGGUGUUUGACAUCACAGCCACCAGCAACCACUGGGUGGUCAACCCUCGGCACAACCUGGGCCUGCAGCUUUCCGUGGAGACCCUGGAUGGGCAGAGCAUCAACCCCAAGUUGGCGGGCCUGAUUGGGCGGCAUGGACCCCAGAACAAGCAACCCUUCAUGGUGGCCUUCUUCAAGGCCACAGAGGUCCAUCUGCGUAGCAUCCGGUCCACUGGGGGCAAGCAGCGCAGCCAGAACCGCUCCAAGACGCCCAAGAACCAAGAGGCACUGAGGAUGGCCAGUGUGGCAGAAAACAGCAGCACUGACCAGAGGCAAGCCUGCAAGAAACAUGAGCUGUAUGUCAGCUUCCGAGACCUCGGCUGGCAGGACUGGAUCAUUGCACCUGAAGGCUAUGCUGCCUACUACUGUGAAGGGGAGUGUGCCUUCCCUCUCAACUCCUACAUGAACGCCACCAACCAUGCCAUCGUCCAGACACUGGUUCAUUUCAUCAACCCGGACACGGUGCCUAAGCCUUGCUGCGCACCCACCCAGCUCAACGCCAUAUCUGUCCUCUACUUUGACGACAGCUCCAACGUCAUCCUGAAGAAGUACAGAAACAUGGUGGUCCGGGCCUGUGGCUGCCACUAG